AUGACAGAAGACAUUUUCAUCUUGGAUUGUUACUCGGAUAUAUUUGUCUGGGUUGGCCAGGAGGUUGACACCAAGAGUAGAAUGCAGGCGCUAACAAUUGGUGAGAAAUUUCUUGAGCAUGAUUUUCUGCUGGAAAAGAUAUCUCGGGUGGCUCCAAUAUAUGUUGUCAUGGAAGGGAGCGAGCCACCGUUUUUCACUCGCUUUUUUAAUUGGGAGUCAGCAAAGUCUGCAAUGUUGGGGAACUCAUUUCAAAGGAAGCUUAAAAUUGUUAAAAAUGGGGGUACUGCACCAGUGGCUAAACCCAAACGGCGAACAACUUCAUACGGAGGAAGGUCUAGUAGUGUGCCUGAUAAAUCCCAGCGUUCCUCCCGUAGCAUGUCUGUUAGUCCUGACCGGGUUCGUGUGAGGGGCAGGUCUCCCGCCUUUAAUGCACUAGCUGCUACUUUUGAGAGCGCCAAUGCCAGGAACCUUUCAACUCCACCUCCUGUAAUUAGAAAGCUGUAUCCAAAAUCUACGACACCAGAUUCUGCAAUACUUGCAUCAAAAUCUAAAGCCAUAGCUGCUCUCACUUCUAGUUUUGAACAACCACCUUCUGCACGAGAAAGUAUGAUACCUCGGGCAGUUAAAGUGAGUCCAGUCACCCCUAAAUCAAACCCUGAGAAAAAUGACAAGGAGAACUCUGUGAGCGGCAGAGUGGAAUCUCUUACCAUAGAGGAAGAUGUGAAAGAAGGUGAAGCUGAAGACGAGGAAGGUCUCUUGAUUUAUCCAUACGAGCGCCUUAAAAUAACAUCUAUUGAUCCUGUGCCCGACAUUGAUGUAACUAAAAGAGAGACUUAUCUAUCAUCUGCCGAGUUCAAAGAGAAAUUUGGGAUGUCCAAGGAUGCGUUUUACAAGUUGCCCAAAUGGAAGCAAAACAAACUCAAAAUGGCUAUUCAGUUAUUCUGA